AUGGAGGCCGUUCGUCAAUCCGUGCAAUCUACAGACUCUCAUAACACUUUACCGGUACCGCAUACCAACAGCCAUGGCUUUGUCGACUUUGGCCCCGGCGAUCCCGGCGAUCCACGAAACUGGUCAAAGAGCCGGAAAUGGUACAUCACCCUCUGCACCUCGCUCCUCGCCAUGGUCGGGAAUCUGGCCUCCUCCAUACCGUCCGGGUCUCUCAAACAUAUCUCUCGAGACUUCCACAUCUCUGAGGGGGUAGCAGCUCUCACCGUAACUCUCUUUCUGCUCGGCUACUGCCUAGGUCCAUUCAUAUUUGCACCACUCUCAGAGUUUUACGGUCGCAGGCCCAUCUUCCGCAUCUCCUUUUCCUUCUUUGUCCUUUUUAGCAUUCUUUGUGCCUUUGCGACCAACUUUGGGACGCUUUUGACGGCAAGGUUUUUGGCAGGGGCCUGCGUGUCUGCGGUUCUCAGCAACGCACCUGGCGUUCUUGCCGACCUAUGGGACAACUUGGCAAGGGGUAAUGCCAUGGCUAUAUUCUCGACGUCUGUCUGGAUCGGACCGUCGCUGGGGCCGAUUAUUUCUGGCUUCCUGGUGCUCCACAAGAACUGGCGCUGGGGCUUCUAUGUCGUCUUGUGUCUUGCUGGCGUGUCGAUGCUGUUCAUGCUCACUAUCCCGGAGACCAAUGGGGCGAUCAUUCUUCUGGAGCGGGCAAGGAGGAUCAGAAAGGCGGGGAUUCGGGGAUAUGAACACGUCCAGACGGAAUACGAGGCGGCUAAUAUGUCACUAUUCACUAUUUAUAAGACGGCACUGACACGACCGUGGGCGCUUCUACUCGAUCCCAUUUCGUUCUUGUGCGCUGUAUACAUGGCACUUGUAUUUGCGCUUCAGUUCAUGCUCUUUACCAUUUAUCCCAUCGUCUUUCAGCAGAUGCGUGGCUGGAACGAGGGAGUUGGGCAGCUUCCCCUGCUUGGUACAGUUGUAGGGUCGGUCGUCGGGGCUGUCAUCAUUUUUUUAGACACCAAAAGGCGGAAAAACAAACUUGAGGCUGGGUAUACCCUCGAGCCGGAGGACCGUCUGAUUAUGGGAAUGGUCGGAGGGAUUGGCUUUGCUAUUACCAUGUUUUGGUUCUCAUGGACGGCACAGUACAACUCGAUACACUGGUCUGUCCCUACAAUUGCUGGAGGGUUUCUUUCUACAGCUCUCAUCCUUACAUUCACCUCCUAUAUGAACUACCUCGUCGACUCAUAUGUCGACUGCGCCGCCUCAGCGAUAGCUGUGAAUACGUUUGCGAGAUCCCUUAGCAGUGCUUUUGCUCCCCUUUUUACGCCCAAGAUGUUUCAAACCCUAGGUGUUGGCGGUGGCGGGUCACUGAUAGGAGGUGCUGCGAGCGUCCUGGCUGUGGUCCCGUUUGUUUUUCAUAGGUACGGCAAGGCCAUCAGGGGCAGGAGCAAGUAUUCUCCUCUCGACGCCGCCGUCAAGCUAGAUCCGGAGGAGCAGGAUGGUAACCCCGUUGGCAACUCACUACGAGAUGUAGAGGAAGGCUCAGAGACUCCGGGCCCUUAG